GGUGUGUGGGCACCGUCACAUGACGCUGCGCCUGGCUGCUGUCAUGCUGGUAUAAAUCCACCUCUGUAUAUCCACUCAGUCCUUUUUCUCCACGUUAAGCUGCUGCGUCCUCGAGUCCAGGCUUCACAGGAGCGUCGACCUCUUCGUCAUGGCUGACCAGGCUUUUGUAACUUUAGCUACCAAUGACAACUAUGCUCGGGGAGCCAUGGUUUUGGGCAAGUCCCUCCGCAACCACAAAACAUCCAAGAAGCUGGUGGCACUAAUUGGUCCGCAAAUGUCGGAGCCUUGCCAGGCCGUGCUGAAGAGAAUCUUUGACGAGGUGAGGGUGGUGGAUGUGCUGGACAGCGGCGACACGGCGCACCUGGACAUGAUGAAGAGGCCUGACCUGGGCGUCACCUUCACCAAACUCCAUUGCUGGACUCUCACGCAUUACUCAAAAUGUGUUUUCAUGGACGCAGACACACUGGUGCUUUCAAAUAUAGACGAGCUGUUUGACAGAGAAGAAUUGUCUGCUGCUCCCGACCCUGGCUGGCCCGACUGCUUCAACUCCGGUGUGUUUGUUUUCCGUCCUUCUUUGGAGACUUAUGGAAAACUGCUCCAGUAUUGUACAGAACACGGCAGCUUUGAUGGAGGAGACCAAGGUGUUUUGAAUGGCUUCUUCGCCGACUGGCCAACAGCAGACAUAUCGAAACACCUCCCCUUCAUCUACAACCUCAGCAGCAUAGCCAUCUACACUUACCUUCCAGCAUUCAAGCAAUAUGGUGGCAAUGCCAAGGUGGUCCAUUUCCUAGGGAAGACCAAGCCAUGGAGUUACACUUAUGACACCAAAUCCAAACAGAUCUCAGGAAGUGAACCUGACACCACACAUCCCACCUUCCUCCUGGACUGGUGGACCCUGUACUCCAGCGCUGUGGUGCCCAUGCUGCAGGAACAAUAUGGAGACAAGCCUUUCUUCUCUGGAUGUGUGGCGUGCCAGUUCAGUGACAAGGUCAAUUUUGAGAGUGAACAGGAUGGGAGCUGUCCUUCAUUUGCACAAGCACUCCAGCCCGGGAUGUCCUCAGAAGAACGGAAGCAGAAAUGGGAGCAAGGCCAGGCGGACUACUUGGGAAUGGACUCAUUUGACAAUAUCAAGAGAAAGCUUGAUAGUUUUCUCAAAUAAAGAAGCAAUGACGCGGGAUAUCAAAAGAGCACUUGCAGAUUAACCACAUGUCACCACAGAUCUUUCAAAUAAAUGUUAAAAAAAAUACAAUAAAACUGCUUUCAUCUUUAAUUCAUA